AUUCAGGCAUUCCGUUAUUGUCAUGUUGGUAUCAUAGCAGCAAAGGAACCUUUUCAGGUGGAAGUGGUUGAAGGAAAGAAAUAUUCUUGGUGCAAAUGUGGACUGAGUAAAAAACAGGUAUGAACUAGAAAAUUAUCUCCAUGGCAACCCCUUGAUAAUUGACCACAUGUACUUAUCACCAUUUAGUCAAAAAUCAUUUAGGGAAGUGUCCGUCUGAUAGAGAUUCAAAGACUGACUUAAGAAUGGUUUUUAAGAGAGGGUAAUGAGUACCAAAUGAGUCAAUUCCUGUGCUUGGAAGCGUAUGAAACAGAACACUAGAACUAGGUGGAGCCAAUCAGCUUCAACUCAAUUAGGCUAUUUCUGGUGAAAAUGAUUUUUAUUCGAAUAAGAAAUCAUUUUCAUAUCAAUGGCUUCGCACUUAGGCUCACAUUGAAACAGUGGCUAAGGCAACUCAGAAAUGAAUAUUUUUGAUUAAAAAAGGGAUGAAAGCCUCUGCAGGUUAAGUGUUGCUUAUUGCUUCUUCAUUCAUUAGGGGAAAACAAAAGGGUACAAGUAUAUAGAGUGCAAAAUUUUAUCAUGGUCAAAUACAAAAAAAUUUGCAAUAUCCAGAACUUAAUUGAUUUACCUACUUCUGUUUUCUGUUAGGUAAUGCUUUUACACUGAUGUAAACGAUCCUUAAGUUUUUCCCAUCUAGUUUACAUUUUGAUAACUUGAAAUUACUGUACAUGUGUACAUGUAUUAAUAAAACAAAUCAAAAUGUAAUGGUUGUUUCAAGAGAAUUGAAACUAAUCGAAAUUACUGUCAAAAGUAUGUUUUCAAACAAAGACAUACAUGUACAAUUUGUGACCACAUGUUACCGUCCUUAAAAUUCCACCUCAAUGUUACAUUUACAUGGAACAUUGCAUGCAGUGAGCGUUGAUCAUUUUAAUAUUUUAGCCAUUCUGUGAUGGUAGCCACAAAGCCACUCCAAUCAGGCCGAUCCGAUUCGUUGCCGAGCAGAGUAGUACAGAGGUAUUCCUUUGUGGCUGUAAGCAAACAGGCUCCCCGCCGUACUGUGAUGGUGCACACGCUACUGAGAGUGUGCAGUCUGCAGAUAUACAUACUUGA